UGGGUAAAUAACAAACCACCUACUUUUGAAGCCUGCCGUUUCGGGGAGUCACGAGAAGUUUAACGUUAGCGGAGAUGACACCGAGAAGAGCGGAGAUAGCACCGUCGAACCGGGACAAAGCCACUCCGCCGGGGGGGUUCUGAUAAGCGGCUCGGAUCGCGGUCUCGAGGGCUCCUGUGCUCCGCCAGCCCACCUGCACACUCGGGGCGGCUCGUCUCGCGGAGGAACCGUUGGUGGCUAGGCUAACCAGGAGCUAGCGGGGGCUAACUAGCUGCGGUAGCCCAAGCGGAGUGAACAAGUCGCGGCGUGCGGAAGCUAACGACACCGAAGCUGCUUUUAGGACACCGCUGGGGCUUGUUUUUAUUUUUUUUAUCCCGGAGAGGAAGGGGUGGUGGUGGUUGUUCUCGGCGCCGGUGCCAGCUGCGUUGUGUUGUGCCCGUCUUCCCCCUCUUCAUUGUCGGCGGAGCGUCCUGAGUGGAGUCCGUGCAUGCUAGCAACAGCUGCAGCCCGUUAGCGUGAUGUGUCACAUUAGCUAAAGAACCAGUUUUUUUCCUUUGCUUGUUUUUAAACGCCCGUUUAUUAACUGUACUUUUUUAAUGUCGUGUCGUCCCUCCAGAAGAACCAGACGCGGAGCAUGCCGGAGGAGAAAAGACUCGGGGAUAAGUAGAUAGGGGACGUCGGACGUUACCGAGUUUUUUAUAUUCUUUUUUAAAGACUGGACUGUGCGGCUCGUUCGCCACCGAUUUUGGGGGAUUGAGUUUGACAGAGAGAGAGUCGAGGAUGAAGAAGUUUUCCAGAAUGCCAAAGUCCGAGAGCGGCGGACUCGGAGGGGCGUCCGGCUCCGGGUCCAGCUCCGGAGUCAGCAGCUACUUCGGGAAAGUGUUCGCGGUCGGCCGGUACCAAGUCACCGUGGAGGAGCUGAUCGCCGAGGGAGGCUUCUCAGUGGUGUUCCUGGCUCGUACGCACAGCGGUGUCCGCUGCGCUCUCAAAAGGAUGUACGUCAACAACGUCCCGGACCUGAAUGUCUACAAGCGAGAGAUCACUAUCAUGAAAGAGCUGUCAGGCCAUAAGAACAUCGUCAACUACCUGGAUUCUACAAUCAAUGCCGUGUCAGACAGCGUAUGGGAGGUCCUGAUCCUCAUGGAGUACUGUAAAGCCGGUCAGGUGGUGAAGCAGAUGAACCAGCGGUUGAACGUGGGUUUCAGCGAGGCCGAGGUCCUCCACAUCUUCUGCGACACCUGCGAGGCGGUGGCUCGCCUUCACCAAUGCAAGACGCCCAUCAUCCACAGAGACCUUAAGGUUGAAAAUAUCCUGCUGAACGACCAGGGAAACUACGUGUUGUGUGACUUUGGCAGCUCCACUCACAAGGUUCUGCUGCCACAUAAAGAUGGAGUGACUGCCGUGGAGGAUGAGAUUAAGAAGUACACGACCCUUUCGUAUCGGGCGCCAGAGAUGAUUAACUUGUACGCAGGAAAAGCCAUCACCACUAAGGCUGAUAUAUGGGCACUUGGAUGCUUGUUGUACAAGCUGUGUUUCUUCACGCUUCCAUUUGGGGAGAGUCAAGUUGCCAUAUGUGACGGAACCUUUAUCGUUCCAGAUAACUCCAAAUUCUCCUUCAAGUUGCACUGCUUAAUCAGAUAUAUGCUCGAACCAGAUCAGGAGAAGAGACCAGACAUUUACCAAGUGUCCUACUUUGCCUUCAAAUUAGCUGGAAAGGACUGUCCAGUGCCAAAUCUCUUUAACUCUCCCAUCCCCACGUCGCUGCCAGAGCCACUAACAGCGAGCGAAGUCGCUGCUAAGAAGAGCAUGACAAAAGCCAGGAUAACGGAGUCUGUGGGUCCAACGGAAACAUCGAUAGCUCCCAGACAGCGGCCGAAAGCUGCCAACAGUAACGUCCUGCCUCUCGCCAACACUGUCACCCCCGUCAAGAUGACCGUGCCUUCAGCACCCGUCAGCAACGGCCAGAAAGCUCCCACUCCCGGCUGUGGACAACCAUCCAUGCAGCCGCAGCCCGGCAGCCAGCAGCACCGAGUCCUGCAGCAGCUGCAGCCCGGUGACCUGCGACUGCAGCAGCUGCAGCAGCAGCAGCAGCAUCACCACUACCACCAACAACAAGCAGUGCAGCAGCAGCAGCAUGCAAACGCACAGCAACUCCAAUACCUCCAGUACCAACAGGCCGUGCAGCAGUCCAUCCAGCUGCAGCAGCAGCAGCAGCAGCUGCAGCAGCAGCAGCAGCAGGCGUUGCUCCAGCAGCAGCAGAUGAUGAUGCAGCCCAUGUAUCAGCAGCAGGUCGCUCAGGCUCAGGCUCAGUACGCAGCCAUGCUGCACCAGUACCAACAGGCUUUUGUCCAGCAGCAACAACAACAACAACAUCAUCAUCAGCAACAACAUCCACAGCAGCAGCAGCAGCAUCAUCCCGCUCAGCAGCCUCUCCCCUAUAUGUCUUCCCCUCUUGAGUUCCAGAUCCCACUUGGUUCCUAUAACGCGACCACGCCCACCGCUGGACCUGGACCUGGACCUGGUCAGAUUGGGGGACCUUCACCUGUGGAUCCUUCAUACACUAACCCCAGUAGAAACCCUCUCCUCGCCACAGACGGGAUCACUCCUCCUUCCCAGAGCUGCAGCAGCGCCGUCAGCAGCAGCGCCGUCAGCAGCAGCGCCGUCAGCAGCAGCGCCGUCAGCAACCCCCCCGACAUGUCGGGCUGGAACCCUUUCGGAGAGGACAACUUCUCCAAACUGACCGAGGAGGAGCUGAUCGACCGGGAGUUCGACAUGCUCAGAGCAAAAAAACCGCUGGAGAGGACCGCCAGCGUGGAAACGGACCGCCCGCCCGCCUCCACCGCCAAGCCCCUCCCACCGGAGGAUCUGUUCGGCUCCGUCCCGUUCGUGGCCAACGCAGGUACCAAUGUGGUAAAAGCUGAGCCGACCACCGAGGAAGUUCCUGCUGUCAUCUCAACUCCUGUGGAAAGUUUGCAGCCGGUGGUGGCCAAAGAGCACAAACCGAGUAAAAAGAGCGGCUGCAGACCAGGCGACGAGUCCGACAGCGACUUCGAGUCCGACCCUCCUUCACCGAAAAGCAGCGAAGAUGAAGAGGCGGAGGAGGACGAAGCCUUGAACAGCGAGCACGGUGAAGAUACCGAGCCAGAGAAUUUAGGACAAAGACCUCUGCUGAUGGACUCCGAGGAUGAGGAGGAUGAAGACAAGCACAGCUCGGAUUCGGACUACGACCCUAGCAGGGCGAAGAGUCGCUCCAAGAAACCGGCCAGUGGUAAAGCAGCUUCAAGCGCCACCAGGAGUCCUCGGGGGGAAUCUGGCACGACCCUGAUCACCCCUCCAGAGUCGCCCAGCGGAGCCAGAGCCGUAGAGGCCGUGGAUGUCUUCGGUGCUGUACCCUUCCUCGGUGGAGCACCACCUGUCGGGGCUUCGGAGAGCUCGGAUAUCUUUGCCAAAGCGCCUUUUAGGCAAGUCAGCCACGAGCAGCCAACGGCAGACGAGUUUGAUGUUUUUACCAAAGCGCCCUUCAGCCGGAACCUUUCAAAGUCGGGCAAAAGCGACGUCCCCAUGGGCCAGACGCCACCCAUCUCCCCAGAGGGCAUUGACAUUUUCGGCUUCUCGCCCUUCGAGCCGGGCCCCACUGUGCCUCCUCCAACCACCUCGAGAAGCGCCGAGGACAUCUUUAGAUCGUCCUAUGAGGAGUCAGCGAGUCCUCAGCAGCAGAGGCUGAAGCAGCGAAGCCUCCAGAAGUUGUCAUCCCGCCAGAGAAAAACCAAGCAAGAUUCCACCGCAGGUGGAAGCAACGGGAAGCGACACCACGGUACGCCAACCGGAGGACGCAAGAGCAACAAGCCGACGUAUCGCACACCUGAGAAAGUCCGAAGACACAAGAAGGUUGGUCGCAGAGACUCGCAGAGCAGCAACGAGUUCCUCAGCACCUCGGACUCUAAGGAGAACAUCAGUGUGGACAUAACCAUGGCUGAGGGGAAGGACAAAGGAGCCUCCCUGCCGGUGGACGAUGCCCUUCUAGACCCGUUUGGGGCCAAACCCUUCCACCCUCAGGACGGCAGCCGGCACAGCCAGUAUCAAGGCCUCAGCGACAGCAAGAGCGACAUGGCCACAGCCAAUGGUAAGUCCUGGACGGGUUCCCUUCACGGUGCUCUCGGAGAGAACAAAAUCAUGGAUGACUUUGGGGCGGUGCCCUUCACAGAACUGGUCAUCCACAGUGGACCUCAGCAGCAGCAGACGCCGUCGCAGCCGGUUGACCUCGACCCUUUCGGAGCUGCGCCUUUCCCCUCCAAGCAGUAACUCUUCCUGCGUCUUCCUGCUCUGCCAGUUGCUGUUAAAACACCCCUGAAGCUUUUCUUUUUGGUUUGGGAUCAUUUUCAACCAGUCGUGGAACUACAAGCUAACAAUGUGCUUCUUUUGUAAGAACAUUUUAAUACGCCUCUAAGUUUGAGUAACAGAAACCUGAAUCCUGUGGAGUGAGCGGUGUUUCCACAUAUCUUUCAGCUGUACCUGUUUGCUGAAAAGCCUUUUAUGCUGCAUUUUAACGCUCAUAGAGACAUUUGAAACGGGAGACCCACUCAAAAAUUGUACUGUGAUUAUAAGCUUAACAUUUGACCGCUUGACUUGCUUCAAAAAGCUCUUCACGGCCGUCUGCCUUCUGAUCUACCGAUAUGUUUUUAGCACCACAAAGCCUUACCUGAGCUCGGCUCUGCCUUGCUUCACAGUACCUCGGAAACCACGACGCCGUCAGCCUUUACCGGCCUUGAGCGUCGUUUGAAAUCAUUUGGGAAUUGUCCUUAACCACUUUGUUUUUAUUAGACCUUUCUCUAUGCAUAAUUUCACAGUAGUCUUUUACGCAGCCAAAGGUGGCUGUGAUUUGUGUUGCAUUACACUUGGAAUAGUAGAAGGGAUCGAAUUUAUGUUAAACUUCCUUAGAAAGAUGGAGCUCUUAAUUGGUUCAGGUUCAAAUUUAGGCUCUUAACUGUUUUCUUUAUUUCCUAGCAGUAAACUUCUAGGUAAGUACAGUUCAGUUUCUGUCUUUUAUUUUUUUCUAUUAAGUUGCAACUCAACAUGUUCUGUUAGAAAUAAGGAAGAAAUAAAACACAACGCCACGUCAGAUCACUGGUCAUUUGUGAACUUUAAACCCCAAGAGGAAGUCACAAGCUAUACUGUUAUUUUCUCAUCAAUGUAAGUGAACUCGGCAUCAGAGUUUGGAUUAUUUUCAUAGGAAGUGGGAAUCAGUUAAAAGAUAACGCUGGUGACAUUUUACUUACAAUCCCUUGAAAGGACCAAAACCAACAACAUGUUUUAGUACUUUACAACUUUCAAUCCUUACUGAUUCAACUGUUUUUAUGAUAGUUGGGAAUUGCAAAUGUUACACUUCUUUCUUGAAGUUAGUUUUGAAAGUUGAUACCACUAAUUAAACCUGUGAAGACACAAAGCUACAUCCAGGAAACAGUUAGCUUUGCAUAAAAACUGGAAAUGUGAACAUCUGUAGCAAAGUUGUCCUACUAGCAUCUUGUUAAUGUAAUGAAAAUGUAAAUUUUACAAAAUAGUGUAAAAUUUGUGGGGUUUAUCUUAUGCUAAACACUAUUUCUUGGACUGCAGCAUAUAUUUUUUGCACAUUUUCAAUAAUCCCAGUAGCAAAAGCGAAUGGAAACAACACUGGGAACAACAAGGAAGUCUUUAUGCUCGCUUAAGAAAGUGAAAAGAGUUUAAUGUGUUUCACUGGAGUUAGCAAGCAUUUAACUCUAAAGACUGAUUAGCUGUUAGCUGCUACUUUUGUUAUCUUCACUUCUGGACAGCGCAAACCUUCGCUGAUACCAGCUGAAAUAAAACAAUAACUACAGUGUAGCCGAUUAGAAACAAUUCUUGAAAACUUCCCUUUUUUCUUGUAGAUGGCCAGAGAUUUGUUCAUGUUUAUGGCAAACAUCUAGUCUCGUUUAGGGCUUCAUCUACUUUGUCCAAUAGUUUGACGUUGAGUUUCGUCUGUCCAAACGAACUCUCAUGAGUUUUUGCUUUUUUUCUGUGAUAAUACAUAGUAAUAGUUUUCACUAAAAUGACCUUUUAAAUCAGGCCAAUAAUACAUAGUUUAAUUUUCAACAAAACACCAUUGAUUUCAGCAGAACAAGACUCAAACAGAAAGAAAUUGAUAGGGACUAUUUUCAGCGGCGAAUUCAUUAACAUUUGGUUCUGUGGUGAGUCCAGUGCUACUGGCAGCAGGAUGCUGUAUGUGGGAUAGUUUUUGGAUAACAGUGCAGCUGAUUAAUUUAUAUCAAGCUGUGAUUUUUUUCUGUAAACGGGAUCAAUUCAUUACUGUGUUGCGUUUGGUCUUUUCAUGGGAUUUUGUUGACGAUGACAAAAGAAAAUGAAUCACCAGAAUUCUUCUUUAACGUGGGCCCUUCCGUUGCAGAAUGACGUAAAUAUAUUGGCACAAUUCGUGAAGGGAAAAAAACAUUAAAAUCCAAUCUGUGAUGUUGAUGUUCGGGUAUUCAUCGUUCCACUCUUCAGUGCUGAACUCUUCCUCUUCAUCACCGGCCUUAAGCACUGCAUUCAGCUACACGACCGUUGGCACAUCUGCUGUUUCCACCAGUGGAACCAUUUGACAUUUUCCAUCCUCUUUUUGUGUUUUUUUUUUUUUUUUUUUUUUCCACCAGGGUAAAUCGGACAUUGUAUUUAUCUGCUAUACUGCUGUUGGAUGCAAUAAAUAAAGUUUCAUCUCAGUGAUCCUA